AUGAUUCCUUCUCGUGGGGAGAACCCUCUUGUCUCAUACUCUGAUACUAUGUUCUAUGCCUUUUACUCUGGGUCGGACGAUCCCUGGGUUCCUGCCGGCGUCAUCCAGCCGGCACAGGCGUUGACUCCGUCUCGCUCGUCCGCGUAUGCCUACAAUCCUGGAUUGCGCGGCUUCCAAGACUUCAGAGGCCCUCCUGUGCCCUCUGAUUGCGAAACCGCUCUGGACUCUGGCUAUGGGGGCAGCCGUACUAUAUACAGCGCCAAUGAGAGCGGCACAUCGGUCAAUGAAGGCGAUGGGUAUACGGAAGGUGGAUUCCACGAUAUCCAGGCGACAGAUCAGCCCAUCGACAUUGGGAGCCUGAACCUCUCUCCCGCAGCAGCUGCCAGUGCGAAACUCCUCCACUGCGACGCCUGUGGGGCUAAUGUCAAGACGAAAUCAGAACUCAAAAAGCAUGAUCACAGGCAUAACAGGCCGUAUAAGUGUGAUUACAAGGAUUGCACCAAGGCUAUUCGGGGAUUCAGCACGACCAACGAUCUCACUAGACACAAGAGAACGGUCCACCGUGAGCAUGAUAGCAAUGCGCCUACCUUCAUCUGUCGCCACUACCCUUGUACCACUAAGAAGGAGAAGCUGUGGCCAAGGGCUGAUAACUUCCGCAGCCAUCUUUAUCGCUCUCACAGUAUAACGAUUAAAGCAGAUGAUGAUCUCAGAGAAUAUCGCUACUACUCAAUACAAACGAGGCCGCAUGAAAUUCGAGAUGGCAGGACAACUGCUGGCAUCCGUUCCGAAUCGCGAUCAGCACUACCCUCUCAUGCGACUCUUUAUACGAGUCGCCAUAGUGACGGCUUCCAGGGAAAAGAAAUCGGGUGGCCAACUACUGAUAGCCUUCAAGACUUUUCAGCCCGCAUUCAUGGUAUAAAUGAAAACGAUUUUGGGCAACACCGUGACCAGCCAGAUGAGGCAGAGUUACAUGCCCUCCGAGGUGUGGGAUCAUCGGUUGCUGAUGUUGAUCCGGAGUCUCGACCGACACAGGUGCAAGAUUCGCCUGAUUUGCGAAGUAGCCAGCUUCCAACGGGCGCAUUAAGCCAGUUACAAAAGGAAUCUUCAAAGCAAAGUCAUCUUUUAUUAACUCGAAGCGGGUGCGACUCGCAAUCGGCGCCAUCAAAUACCCUAGAUGGCCUCAAAUUGCCCUCGGCUCUUGGUCCCCAGUCUCUUGUCAGCGAUGUUGUCGCUGGGACGCCAGUACGUGAGGAUUCUUUGGAAGAAUCCAUGGCGGCGCUCCCUGACGAUGAGCCAGCACAAGAAAGUUUUGGCCAGGAUGAAGGCAACCCAGUCGAGGGCGAAGAUGAAGUGCUUGACCAUCAUGAUCCACUAGCAAUUGAGACCAUGUCGCUCGUUUCAUCUAAUCAGGUGAAAGACAGUGCUCCUCAAAGCGGCAUACCUGAGCUCCAAGAAACAGACAAUGGUCUAGAGAAUGAUUUCAGAGCGUCUACAAAAGAACUUGCCAAGUCGUUCGAUACUGCGAAGCGUCUAAAAAGCAUUCUGUCAGAUAAGGAUGGCUUGGAUAAAGUUCUUUCACUUCUCAAAAAUAUUCCUAGAGGUCUACUAGAGAAAGCACUAAAUCAUGAAGAGCCGCAGCCGCAGCAGAAUGAGAGUGUUGCCCCCAAUGACCAAACAGGGAGCCCGAAAAUGCAAGUAAGGUGUACCAAAUGCCACAAACCAUUCUCACGGGCGUGUGAACUUAGGAAGCACAUGAAACGACAUGAAAAGCCUUAUGGAUGCACUUAUAAAACGUGCCACAAGAUGUUUGGUAGUAAGAAUGAUUGGAAGAGGCACGAGAGUAGCCAGCAUUUUCAGAUGGAAUCCUGGAACUGUGAUGAGCCGCGCUGCGACAAGGUCUUGCCUCGUCGAGAGCUUUUCAAAACUCACCUCCAGCAGGACCAUCAAGAGACAGAUAGCCAGACAAUUGAGAAUAAGCUAGAAAGCUGCAGGCUGGGCCGCCAUUGCGACCCACGCUUCUGGUGCGGGUUUUGCGAUCAAUUUAUUGAGAUCAAAGAAAAGGUGGUCAAUUCGUGGACAAAGAGAUGCGAUCACAUUGAUAAUCAUCUAUUUGGCAAGGAUGGGCUGGCCAAGAAAACCAUGGCUGACUGGUGCUAUCUUGAAGAUAAAUUGGCAGAGGGAGAUUCUGAGUCCAGCAAGAAGCCCAAGGCUGCGGCAACUUUGUCGAGAUCCGUGAAGAAGCGAAAGGCAACAGACGAUUUGGACGUGCGUUCUACAAAGAGAUCCAACGUUCUCUGGAUAUGCUGCGCCUGCAAUCAUUCUGAAAACUACCACGUAAGCAGCCAGUGCAUGAACUGCUGUCACAAGCUUUGCAGUCACUGCAAAAUGGAACAACUUCCGGAUUUUGAACACGAGGCCGAUCUAAUGAGCCAAGAGGUGGAGGAGAGGGUAGACUAGGGAGAAGUGGCGGCAGUUGCCGUCGGCCGAUGAUAAUCUUUUUUUGGAUAUCGGAGUCAAAUUCGGAUUUUUUUUUCCUUCCCUCCCCCCAAGCCUUGCAGAUAGACUGUGAGGGUACCUACAUUAGCUUCCAAAGUAUUACUAUUAUUACUGCCGAGACGAUGCAGUGUGGUUGUGUGGGAUGCGCAGCCUUGUUGAUAAAGUUGUUAUCUUUUGUAUGUGUGUGCGUUGUGUGUUGUUUAGCCAUGCGAAAAAAAAGUCAAUUCA